CAUUUCCGGUAGUUUUUAUUUCGUACUGCGACAUGCGCAAUGCGCGAAGGUGCGCCCGCCGCACGCUGGUUGGUCGCCCGCGGGCAGGUGGGAUCGUUCCCGCCCCCGCCGCAGCGCAGCUCUUUGGCGCCGCGCGUGACGUCACGUGGCGUGCAAGAAGGCCACGCAAGCCCUGCCUUUGAAGUGGGCCGCUCCUGGCUCGCGCCUCGCCGCUCCCCGCGCUCAUUUGCGAGGCGCGCCAGGUGGUGCAAAGAAGCAAAGAAGCAAAAGCGCACCGACGACGCGGCAACAAAAAAGACGACGACGACGAGUGAGAGAGAGAGAGAGCAGCAAGGACGCGACGAGGGAAGGAGACACUUUAUCGCUGUCACCUUCUUGGUUGUUGUUUUUUUUUGUGUGGAUUCUUCUUCUUGUUGUUUUCUUUGCGAUGCUGGCGCGCUCGUCGGUGGACUUUUUGGGCGCUCCCGUCUUUGGAUUUUGAGCUCUUUCCCCUCGCUUUGCGCACUUUGUUCCCCUUUUUGUUUUUGCCCCCGUCCCCCACCCCCCACCCUUACCCCACCGCCCCCCCCCCGACCCCCCACCCCCGGCGUCUCGCACGUGUGGCAUGCCCGCAGCGAUCUCGCAUCUCCGCAACCGCAGGUGAACUCCAGAUCACAACUUUUUUUUGUUGUCGUUUUGGUUUAUUUUCGUUUCGUUUGUUUUGUUUUGUUUUUUUCCCCCCACCCUCCCCGGUCUUUCCCGUCGCCAGCAUGUCCAAGCCGGCCGACCACAUCAAGAGACCCAUGAACGCCUUCAUGGUCUGGUCCCGGGGCCAGCGGCGGAAGAUGGCGCAGGAGAACCCCAAGAUGCACAACUCGGAGAUCAGCAAGCGGCUGGGCGCCGAGUGGAAGCUGCUGUCGGAGGCCGAGAAGCGGCCGUACAUCGACGAGGCCAAGCGGCUGCGGGCGCAGCACAUGAAGGAGCACCCGGACUACAAGUACCGGCCCCGGCGCAAGCCCAAGAACCUGCUGAAGAAGGACCGCUACGUCUUCCCGCUGCCCUACCUGCACGGCGACUCGGAGCAGCUCAAGGGCUUGCCGCUGCCGCCCGACGCGCUGCUGGGCCCCGUCGACAAGGCGGCGGGGCGCGCCUUCCUGCCGCCCGCCUCCGCCUCGCCCUACUCGUCCUUCCUGGACGCGGCGGCGGCCGGCUUCGGACAGAAGAUGGCCGACGUGCCGCACGCCCUGGGGGCGGCCGCGGCCGCCGCCGCCGCCGCGGCCGCCGCCGCCGGCGUGCCCUACUCGUCGCUGGGCUACCAGGGCGGCGCCUUCGGGGCGCUGGGCUGCCCCGCGCAGCCGCACCCUCACCCGCACCCGCACACGCACACGCACACCCACCCGUCGCCCACGAACCCGGGCUACGUGGUGCCGUGCAACUGCAGCGCCUGGUCGGCGUCCAGCUUGCAGCCGCCCGUGGCCUACAUCCUCUUUCCGGGGAUGAGCAAGACUGGGAUUGACCCCUACUCGUCCGCGCACGCCGCUGCCAUGUAACCGCGCGCGAAACGACAAACAAACGAACAAACAAACAAACAAACACGCCGACAUCGAAAGAAAACAACAACUCGGACUCUUUUCAACACGCGUGUGCAGAAAAGCACGCGGAGGAAAGCCCGAAGGACUUUUCACGUUUCCUCGUGCCAGGAUUGUAAGAAAUGUAAAUGUUUAUACGGCAGCCUGCGAGAAGACAACAACAACAACAACAACAACAACAAAAAAGAAUAAGGAGGCCUUUAACUUUAUUUAUUGUGUACAUUCCAAUGAUGAUUUGUCUUGAUUAUUAUUGAGAAACUAUUAUUACUCCCCACCCCUCAAUUGGCACUCAUUAGAUACGGGUUAUACUGUUUACACUCCCCCGAGAAAUGGCACUUAAAUAAAUUACGUCACAAAAAAAAAAAAAAAGCUCCAUUGUUGAAUUUAGCUCUUUCUUCCCCCUGUGUGUUUUUUUUUUUUUUUUUCAUUGAAUUUAAAUUCUGAGGUGUGUAUUUUCUAUCUUAAGGGGAAAAAAAAGAAGACGAAUAAAAAGAUCAAAUGUCAUGUAUCGAAAGAAGGUUGACAACUCAAAGAGAAGAAGAAAAAAAUAAAAAGACAAUCUUGUCUCAUUUGAUGCUCUUUUUUUUUUUUUUUGCAAAGCAAUUAUUCGACCUGGCAGUUCAUUUUUUAAAAAUCGAAAUUCCCAUUUCAAUCAAGAACUGCUUGUCAUCUUUUUUUUUUUUUUUUUUUGGGGGUUAUUAUUUGCAACUUUUCCCGGACAACCGGGAUGGCGGCAGGGAGGAGGGAUUGAAGCCGCCGGUCGGACACGUUCGGCGGCUUCGUGGCCUCGCGGGGAGCCGCCGAGCCCUGGAGCGUCUUGGAAGUGGAUUUUGGAAAAAAAAAAAAAAAAAAAACUUCAAACCAAAACAUGCAAACAUCCAAAACAUGCAAACAUCUCCUUGCACUUACUUGUCUGCAAGUUUUACAACUCGGGGAAAAAAAAACAAAAAACAAACAAAAAAAAAGCGGCACCUUAAAACCAAGUGAUCACGUGUUUCAACAUGCGUGCUGACUCAUUAAGACAAAAGAACACACACACGCACGCACACAGCAAUUCACUUCGCCAACUGGGAGGGAGCGCGUGCGAGCGCGAGCGCGCGCAGGCAGGCAGGCAGGCAGGCACGAGCGAGCGCGCGCGCGCGCGCGCCUUUUCUAAUUAAGAAUGAGAUUUUCCACGUGCAAAUUGUCGACUUUAUCUGGCGGGAACAUAUGCUGCGCACAAGUGGAGGUGCAAUCCAUCCCUGGAGGGGAGGAAGAGGAGGGUGACGAGGAAGGCGAAGGCUUGCAAAUGAGGAUGCUCCAAAAAUUCGGGCGUUCGUGUUACCUGAUUAUGAUUUUUAUUGUUUCCUGCAUUCACAUUUUUAUAUGCUCGAUGAUUAGGCUUUUUUUUUUUUUUUUUUUUUUUGCACAAUCGUUUACCAUUUUUAUUCACUCCUUAUAUUAUUAUUAUUAUUAUGAUUGUCAGCAUAAAUGAUUUUGUGGCAUUUGCGUGGUUUCUAUGAAGUACAGUUAUUUUGGGAUUAUUUUUCAAUCCUUUUUUUCAUAAUUUUGUGGCAUUAUUUGUAGUGAUUUGACAUUGUCAUUUAUUAUUACGGGCUCUUAUCGGCAAGCUUGAUUUUGCUUCGUUAAUUUUUUUGAUGACUCCUGUCAUCAUUCUGGAAUUUUUUAUUUUGUUUUGGUUAAAUUCAUCUAGUUUCUUUUUUUUAAAGAUAUGUUUUAUUUUAAUAGGAAUUUAAUGUCACACAAUGUUUGGACACGAUCGACAUCAGCAAGCGGAUUCUUUUGUAAAUACAUUUUGUUUCUUCUUUAUUUUUUUUCCCACCUGAAUUACUUUUUUUAAUUAUGAAGUUUCCAUAAUUUCAUAAUUAUUUUCAUCACAUUGUUUUUUUUGUUUGUUUUUGUUUUUUUAUGACACCCAAUUAUCAAGCAUGCUAAUUGAUCAGCUAUUUAUUACAUGACUGUUUUUGUUGGAGGACGUUUUUUCUUUUCGAAAAUAAAUAUCAGCCGUCUGGAUUUGUUUCAAUUUGAAAUAAUGAUUUGUAUUUUUAAUGACGUUUUCUGGCACUUCAAAUGAAUAAAUAGCCUUAGGCGUGACAUGUUUAUUUAUUUUGUUUCUUCUUCAUCUUUCUAUGAAGUCUUCAUGUCACACUUUAUUGAUAUUUUUUUUUUUUUAGGGACAGUAUAAUUUUUAAAAACACGAUGACUUGGGAUUUAUUAUUUUUGGGGAUCACCCACCCAAUUAUUAAUCAUUCCAAUGAUGCCAGUUUGUUUUCUCUUGAUUACAUUUUGUGUUAAUGGGCGUGUGACUUUUGAGGACACUGACAUUGCGUUCAUUAUUAUAAAUAUUUACUGUUAGUACUGUGGAUUAUUA